GAGCAGCCCCUGGGAGCUGCCGCCGGCGGCGGCCGAGGGCACGGUCUCCAGCCCGGCUGCCGGCGGGGAAGGGGAGCCGGAGGAGGAGGACGAAGGCGGCGAGAAGCGGAGCGGCCGGCCUGGCGGCAACCACAACGGGAGCGGGGACUGGGGGGGCGCCCAGGGCUGCACCAAGCCCCGCAACUUCCUCUACGUGGGGGUGAUGACGGCCCAGAAGUACCUGGGCAGUCGGGCGGUGGCGGCGCAGCGGACUUGGGCGCCCUCGGUGCCGGGCCGCGUGGAGUUCUUCUCCAGCCAGGGCUCCGCUGCCCCUCCCGGGAUGCCCCCGCUGCCUGUCGUCGCCCUGCCAGGAGUGGACGACUCUUACCCGCCGCAAAAGAAGUCCUUCAUGAUGAUCAAGUACAUGCACGACCACUACCUGGACAAGUACGAGUGGUUCAUGCGGGCGGACGACGACGUCUACAUAAAAGGUGAAAAAUUGGAGGAGUUUCUUCGCUCACUGAACAGCAGUAAACCUCUGUAUUUGGGGCAGACUGGUCUGGGUAACAUUGAAGAACUCGGAAAACUGGGGCUGGAGCCUGGAGAAAAUUUCUGCAUGGGAGGGCCAGGAAUGAUCUUCAGCAGGGAAGUUCUCCGGAGGAUGGUGCCACAUAUAGGUGAAUGCCUUCGAGAAAUGUACACCACUCAUGAGGAUGUGGAAGUGGGCAGGUGUGUCCGGAGGUUUGGAGGAACUCAGUGCGUUUGGUCCUAUGAGAUGCAGCAAUUGUUCCAUGAAAACUAUGAACACAACCGCAAGGGUUACAUUCAAGAUCUUCACAACAGCAAGAUCCACACAGCCAUAACACUUCAUCCAAACAAAAGACCAGCCUACCAAUAUAGGCUGCACAAUUACAUACUGAGUCGCAAAAUUUCCGAACUGCGCCAUCGGACCAUCCAGCUCCACCGAGAAAGUGUCCUGAUGAGCAAGCUCAGUAACACUGAAGUAAAUAAGGAAGAUCAGCAACUGGGAGUGGUGCCGUCUUUCAAUAAUUUCCAGCCGCGUGAAAGGGAUGAAGUCAUCGAGUGGGAGUUCCUGACAGGAAAGUUUCUUUACUCAAUGGUGGAGAACCAGCCACCCCGGCAGAGCCUGAGCAGUGUCCUGCGGGCUGCACUGGAUGAUACCGUGAUGCAGGUCAUGGAAAUGAUAAAUGAGAACUCCAGAUCCAGAGGAAGGCUCAUUGAUUUCAAGGAAAUACAGUAUGGGUACCGCAGGGUAGACCCUCUGCAUGGAGUAGAGUACAUCCUGGAUUUACUGCUUUUGUACAAAAGGCACAAAGGAAGGAAAGUUACAGUUCCAGUGAGACGCCAUGCUUACCUUCAGCAACUGUUUAGCAAACCUUUCUUCAAAGAAGCAGAGGAGCUGGAUGUAAAAAGUUUGCUGGAGGACACCAAUACUGACAGUCAGUCUUUCUCUUUCCUUUCCAAUUCUCUAAAGAUUUUUUCCUCAUCGUUCCAAGGCACCAAAGACACUGGGGGACACAGUGACAAGAAAAUACAUAUUCUUGUCCCUAUCACGGGAAGAUUUGAUACUUUCUCAAGAUUUAUGGAUAAUUUUGAGAAGACUUGUCUGAUUCCCAAGCAGAAUGUAAAGUUGGCAAUAAUUCUAUUCAGUUCUGAGUCGGGCCAAGACUCUAGCAAACACAUAGAGCUAAUGAAAGAAUACAGCAUUAAGUAUCCCAAGGCAGAUAUGACUCUGAUUCCAAUGUCAGGAAAGUUUUCUAGAGGUUUAGGUCUUGAGAUGGCCUCUUCUCAGUUUGACAAUGACACUUUGCUGCUGUUCUGUGAUGUUGAUCUGGUAUUCACAUCAGACUUCCUCCAACGAUGCAGAGAUAACACUAUUCAGGGAGAACAGGUGUACUACCCUAUCAUCUUCAGCCAAUAUGAUCCAAAAGUAAUAUAUGGAGGCAACCCUCCGGCUGACAGUACUUUUGUUUUCACAAAAAGAACUGGAUUUUGGAGGGAGUAUGGAUUUGGAAUUACUUGUAUUUACAAAAGUGAUCUGCUGACCGCUGGUGGAUUUGAUACCUCGAUUCAAGGCUGGGGACUUGAGGAUGUAGAUCUCUUUACUAAAGUGAUAACGUCUGGCUUGAAGGCUUUCAGAAGUCAGGAAGUAGGAGUUGUCCAUAUUUUUCAUCCUGUUCAGUGUGACCCCAAUUUAGAUCCGAAACAAUAUAAAAUGUGCUUAGGGUCCAAAGCAAGUACAUUUGCCUCUGCCAUGCAGCUCGCUGGACUCUGGCUACAGAAACAUUUGGGUGUCAGGUACAAUUGGACUCUCUCCUGACAAUUCAGCCUAUCUGGCCUUUUUAGGGGAGUUUACCUCAUUGCUACUAUUUGAUUUUGCUGUCAUAGUUUUAAACUCCCUCCUUGUAGUCUUCCAAAGACUGGUGACCUCAAACGAGAUGACUCUGCUGUUCACUGAUGUUUCUUAUACCUACUGAACUGGUGAGGCAAAUUCCUUCAUAUUUCCUUUGUUUGAAAUUCAAUCUAGUCAUGGAAAUCAUACAAGCCCAUGGAACAUAUUCAUCGCAAGAGACUGUAUUAGAAGAAUGUUUUCUUUCAGCUUUUGGAUUCAAUAUCAUCUUUGUUGCGUUUCUCAGACCUGAUGUGAAACAAAUAUUUACUGGUGAAGGUACCACAAAAGUGCUUUAUGCUUCUUCUGGGGAUGGAACUCUCUAAGAUAAACUUGAGUUUUAU